UCCACAGAUACUGAUUUGAUCUGAUAUUUCUGCUUGCAGAUACCCAGAGGAGGAUUGCUAUCGCUUGUGUAGGGUAGGGUGUCGGCGGAGUGCGGCCAAUUCGCUUUGGGGGAAUCCACCCACAAGCCAUGACACAGGCACAGCCGCAGCUACAAUGAAAAUUGUGGGUUUUGGGUGGUUGGGCGACGCGUGCGCAUGCGCAUUGCACGGAAGCAAAACAAGCUGGCGCCGGGCAUUCCACCAACCCAACCCCACAUUCCAGCCACAGUCGCAGCCCCCAGACCGAGCCCCAACCGACUGUCGGUUAAUAUAUAAAUUAAAUAGUUGCAUGGGGCCAGCAACCAGAGCACUUGGAGCCUUCACAGCGGGCACAUCGUCGUCAGAGUUAGAGACUUGGGAACGGAAAUCAAGCGGCAUGGAUAAACGCAGUGUGCUUCUGAGGUUGGCUGUCGUGAUAGCGAUGGUUCUUCUCUUUGUGUGUGUCCAGGAAACGAAUGCUGGCAGUCAGCAGAAGAAGAAGAAGAUCGUGAUACACGUGCCAAUCCACAAGAAAAUCGAGAAGCACAUCCACACGGUGGUGAAGCACGUGCACCACCAUCACAAGCCACUCGUUCUGAAGGAGGAGAAGAAAGUGAUUCACGAGGAUCAUCGACCCAUUCAGAUCCAUCAGACCAAGGAGCUGGUGCACCACCACGAGAAGCACGAUCACCACGACCAUCACGAUCAUCACGAUCACCACGAACAUCAUGAGCAGCCGCACCAGCACCAACAUCAUCACGCGGUGCCAGUGUCAGUGCCGGUGCAGGAGACGGAGGAGCAGGAGGAGGAGGAGGAGCACAUCCAUCACCAUCACACGUACGAGCACAAGGGACGGGACGAUUUCAUCGGUGGUGGUGAUGGGAGCAGCAGUGAGGAGCGGCGCUGACUAUGCGGACCAUGAGUGCCUAGUGCCGAGUGCCGAGAGAGCCGGAACGGGACGGUAGCCCCCCACAGACUGAUCUUAACGUGAAAGCAACCAAAAUAAAAUGAGCGCCCAAGGAUGCCUUUUCCGAGGGUUUUCUUUCUCAUUUGUGAUUUUCUUAGUUCUAGUUCUGCAAUAUUUGUAUUUGCCUUUUUUUUUAACACAUUUUUUUUUUAUAGUUUAGGAUGCAGCUUAAG